AUGUCGGACAAUUCCGCACUGCUCGUCACAUCCAUGUUGAAUAAGGAAAUAUUGAUAUCCGAUCUAUGGUCUCUAGAUUCACUUGGAAUUCUAGAUCCAUCAGAGAAGAAAAGUAAACUGGAACUUCAAGAAGAAGCAAGAGAUCAUUUCUUGUCCACUGUAAAGGUGAAUGAAGAGGGGCGUUUUCAAGUCAGCUUGCCAUGGCUUGAUAACCAUCUACCGUUAAAAGAUAACUAUGACUUAGCUGUAAAAAGAUUAGCUUCUACAGUAAAACGACUAAAAGCUGAGAAACUUUAUGAUGCUUAUGGAGAAGUUUUUAGUGAAUGGGAACAAGAAGGCAUCAUAGAAGAAGUACCAAAAAGCGAAAUUGAUGUAACAUGCCAUUAUCUACCACAUCGACACGUAGUAAAAAAAAAACAGUACUACACGAAUCAGGCUUGUGUUUGA